GGCGCUGCUCGUAGGCCUGGGGCUCUGGGGUGUAGACGGGGGACGCGGGGGAGCGGGCGAAGGAGGGCGGCCUGUAGGCGGGCAGGCUGGACGCCGACAUGAGGGAAACGCGAGCGGCGAUGGGUGCAUUGGAGGAGUUGGUCAGCUUUUAGGGGAGAGAUGCCGCCCAAGUUGCGGUCCAUAUGGACUCCACUUCGGCAUUGAGUCAGAGCUUCCGGGCAACAUGUGCGUGUGCAGAGGCUAUCGUCCCUUCCUCCGCCAACCGUCCUCGUCCCCGUCCCCCACGCUCCCCCGCCUCGGCCUGCCUCUCCAGUCUGACCUGCCCUCGCUGUCGCCGUCGACGGCCUGCUCGAGCACAAAGUGGGCAGCAUGAUGUGAAAGCUGCGGCCACACGGCACCACAUCACGAUCGGACGCACCCCGCUACGCGCGCAGCGCACGCGAGAGAAUGAUUCUGGCUCAAACACGCCUCGGAGAUUCCACCCCGCGAGUGCGGAGUCCACAACGAGUCGUCCAUAUGCUGGACCGCCGGCUGACCGCGUGCCCCGGCGCACCAUCCGUUCUCCCUCUCUUCCUCGACCAAACUGCCGCCGCUUGCCCUUCUCAGCCACGCACGAUCGCCACAUCCGCCACUCUCCGCCUCGCCACCCUCUCCCACCGCCCGCCAUUCGCGCGCAAACGUUCCUCGCUCGUUCGCCAUCCACGCUCACGCUCUGCUCUUAUUUUUGCCUCUUCUUCUGCGUUCGCUGCACCCAGCUGGAUACGUCUCCAGUGCCUCGGCCCUCUCGUAACGGUGGCUGGAUUCUCCGAGGUACAUACGGCUGUUCUCUCAGUACAUGAGGCACAUCUACGCACAGCGAGCAGAUGCUUCCGUCUGUAAUAAUAUACACGUGUCGAUGAGAACGUCCCCCACGCCCGGGCGAAGCCAAUCCAAGAACAAAAGGAGCUCAGGCUCGUCGAGGCUCCUCAUUCUGACCAUCCUCCCUCAGGCUACGGGCACAGCGGCGGAGCACCCAUACGACUCCGUGGUCAGUCGCACCGCUAUCGUCUCACACAGUGGCAUCCAGCGGCUCCGUGAUACUUCCGGCGGCUUGAUAGAGACCACGAUGCUGUCCUGCACGAGCACCCAACGUCAGCGGACUGCCGCUCGCGCGCGAGAGCAUGCGGACAGUAUCCCGCAGCUCCUCUUUGCUAUCGUCCCACUCACCGAUACUCUCAGCCCACUCGCCACGAACCCACCCGAGGCGAUGUCUGCGUUGACCGUGAUGGUCCCCGCCCAGGUUAUCGACCU